CCUGUCAUACCAAGCGUGACAGCCUGUAAACAAUACUCGGCGCGGCCAGGGCAAUGGCGCUGAACGGUAGUACUGCUUCCGAGCAACGUUGUUCCUUUUUGCAAAUGUAAUUCGGUACAAAGAAUCAUGGCCUCGCAUGAUCGAUGCGUUGGAGCGCAUAUCCACAGGCGAGUCGUGGUCGAUCACUUGCAGACACGCAAACAUUCAACUACACAAAAGUGUGAACCAGCUGGGCUGGACUGACUGUUCUUGAGACCUUCAAUCUCCUACCAAUUACAUGAAUUAUCAUGAGAACGCUAAACACAGCAAGGACAGUUUGGCGGUCACUUGCCUUGGUGUGCACGGUUGGGAUAAUAGCACUGAGCACAUGGUCUCUCAUCAUUCUUCAGGUCAUAGACAGUCGUGGGUUUACGGUCCUUUCAAAUCUUGAAAGCAGGCUCGGGGCCGCUACAGCAUCAUGGUCUCAAUACAUCACUGCAGCGGCACGAGGGACUGCAUGGGCACAGGUUCUUGUCACUAUUGGUUCAAUAAUGGCCGUCACAAUUCUCUUGGUCAUCAUGUCGAACCGCUACUACUGGAUCCGCAUACCCCCAGCCGCCGUCGUUACUUUGGAUUUCGCAUCUACCAUCUGCAGCACUGCGGUAUUCGGCUGUGCUGUGACUCUUGCUCUGAGCCUCGAUACAUUCAAUGCCCCUGCACUCCCGACGUUUGAUUCCGCCGAUCUGACGUUCUUCGCCCAGCUCAACCCACUGAGCAGGGCAAUCACCAUAAUAUCAGCUUUGGGGGGCUUCUUUCUCAUCACAGCGUUCAUGACAAGUCUGAUCGACCUGCAGACGCGUCGCGCGCAAGCCAGAGAUACUCGAGCCUUCGAGCCCACCGUCUCAGCCUUGGGCAUGAGCCACGGAUUCCACGCGCUACAUCCCGAACGCAGAACAGCCCGUGAACAGAUCCCGACAAUGUACGAUCCCUAUAGAGCUUUUCGCCAAGGACAGGGAGCCUCGCAUAGUACGGAGCAAUUGCCAUUUGCAGAUGAGGCGGCUUGGAUCAGUCGGAAGCAGACAAAGUCUAGAUGGAGCGCGUCAACAACAAGUCCAAGGGGAAUUGAGCGCGAUAUCAUCAAGCUUCUAGACGUCAAGAAGGCGAGAAGAGCAGUGUCAGUCAGGCCUGCAAGACCAAAGAGUGGUGCCUGGGACGGGAGGGGUGCUGGGCACGUAAUAUAAUAUGUAGAACUGGACAAACGCUUCGUUUCAAUGCUAAUCUUUUGGCCUUGUCGGGCCUUAAUUCCAUAAUGAAAAUACCUCGCAUCGCUGAUGGGAUAUCUCUUCUCAAUCAUAGCAGUGACUGUGCUACCCUCUACUUACAACAACUCCAGACUCGCCUAUUGUGUCUUCUUCAAGCUCUUCUCAGCUGGCGCACUGUACAGCCAGACGGCAACAAAUGCCAACCAUCCAGCAACUGUAACCCAAAUCCCACCAAUCCAAACCCAUGCACCACUAAUCUCCCAGCUCCUCGGCCACU